CUCUGCAGGCAGGCUGCACCUACCUUGGCUUGUGCCUAGUCAUUGGCUGUCUAUUAGAAUAAAUUGAGGACAAUGCAUACCGCUGCCUGCCAAUUGUAAACAUAAGGGAUAUGUAUUCACUUAGCAUUGACUUUUGGGAGGGGCCAAGGAAAAGCUGUAGUUUUAUUGAAUAGUGUGUGAGGCUGCUGGUGUCUUUCUUGCUGCGCUCCUGCCCAAGUAGCAGUUAUUCAUUUCCUUCCUGCUAGUUGAAUACUUUUCAGCCAGAGUGCCUGUGAUAACCAUUUGAUUACUCAAAGAAUCCCUGGUGAGCUGAAGAGGCAGCAUUCUUCCAGGCUCAGGGGCAUCAUAUCUGAUUUGGAUCUUCUCAGAGCUUGAAACACUUAAACACCCACCAUGGAUGACUUUGAACGCCGCAGAGAACUCAGGAGGCAAAAGCGUGAGGAAAUGCGCCUUGAAGCAGAGAGGCUGUCCUACCAGAGAAAUGAUGAUGAUGACGAAGAAGCCGCCAGAGAACGUCGCCGACGGGCUCGACAGGAGAGGCUGCGGCAAAAGGAAGAAGGAGAUCUAUCAGGAGAAGUAACAGAGAAAUCAGAAGUUAAUGCCCAAAACAGUGUGGCAGGAGAGGAAACCAAGCGUUCUACAGAUGAUGAAGCUGCGUUGUUGGAGAGACUGGCAAGACGGGAGGAGAGACGUCAAAAACGUCUACAGGAAGCCUUGGAACGUCAAAAGGAACUUGACCCCACAAUCACAGAUGGGAGCUUGUCACUGCCCAGCAGGAGAGAAGUAAACAAUGUGGAAGAAAAUGAGACCCCGGGGAAAGAGGAAAAGGCUGAAACACACCGAGGACACUAUGAGAUUGAGGAAACAGAAAUAGUUACCAAAUCAUAUCAAAGGAACAACUGGAGGCAAGAUGGGGAAGAGCAAAAGAAAGAAGAAAAAGACAAGGAGGAGGUACAGGAGGAGAAAAAAAUGGAGGUCCCCAUAGAGGAAAAUCAGAUAGACAUGACAGCAGAAAAAUCCGCAGAUAAAGAAGAAGUAGAAACAAAAAGUCUAGCUACAAAUGCAGAGGAACACAAAGCAGAGAAUGAUACAAAUGUUGUGCCAGAAGAGACACCAAGUCUAACUGACACACUAGAUAAAGAGAAGCUUAGGGAUGAGGACAAGGUUGAGGAAGAAAGGAAGGAAGCAGAAGAAAGGGAGAGGUUAAAAGCAGAGGAAGAAAAAAGGGCAGCUGAGGAAAAACAGAAAGCAGAUGAAGAGAAGAGGGCAGCUGAGGAGAGGGCUAAGGCAGAAGAAGAGAAGAGGGCAGCUGAGGAGAGGGCUAAGGCAGAAGAAGAGAAGAGAGCAGCUGAGGAGAGGGUUAAGGCAGAAGAAGAGAAGAGGGCAGCUGAGGAGAGGGCUAAAGCAGAAGAAGAGAAGAGGGCAGCUGAGGAGAGGGCUAAGGCAGAAGAAGAGAAGAGGGCAGCUGAGGAGAGGGCCAGAUUAGAAGCAGAGAAAUUAAAGGAAAAACAAAAGAUGGAAGAACAGAAAAUAGAGGAUAAGCAGGUAAAAGAGAUGAAAGUGCAAGAGGAAAAAACCCAAGCAUUAAGAAAACAGGAGGAAGAAAAGGAGGUUAGAGUGGAAACUAAAAGGGCAAAGUUACCAGAAGAGAAGCUCCAACCUACCUCCAGAAAAGACCAGAUAAAAGAUGACAAAGAUAAAGGAAAAGCACCCAAAGAGGAAAUGAAAAGUGUCUGGGAUCAUAAGAAGGGUGUUCCUGAACAAAAGACACAGAAUGGAGAACGUGAACUCACUGCCCCAAAACUUAAAUCUACUGAGAAUGCUUUCGGACGCUCCAGUUUGAGAGGGACUACAAAUGCUGAGGAAUUGAAGCCGGGGUUCGAGGCUCUAAAGCGGCUAGAAGAUCAGCGCCGUCGUCGAGGUGAGAAUGAUAAUGAGGAGCUAGAGAAGUUGAAGGAGAAGCAGCAGGAGGCAGCAGCAGAGCUGGAUGAACUGAAGAAAAGGAGGGAGGAGCGCCGGAAAAUCCUGGAGGAAGAGGAGCAGAAGAAGAAGCAGGAGGAAGCUGAAAGAAAAGUCAGAGAAGAGGAGGAAAAGAAGAGGAUGAAGGAAGAAAUUGAAAGAAGAAGGGCUGAAGCUGCUGAGAAGCGUCAAAAGAUACCAGAAGAUGGUGUAUCUGAAGACAAGAAACCAUUUAAAUGUUUCAGUCCUAAAGGUUCAUCUCUAAAGAUAGAGGAGAGAACAGAAUUUUUGAACAAAUCUGCUCAGAAGAGUGGUAUGAAGCCCACCCAGACGACAGCAGUUGUCUCAAAGAUUGACAGUAGACUUGAGCAAUACACAAGUGCAAUUGAGGGCACAAAGGCUUCAAGACCAGUUAAGCCAGCAGCUUCUGACCUUCAUGUUGCAGCUGAGGGUGUCCGUAAUAUCAAGAGUAUGUGGGAGAAAGGGAAUGUUUUUUCAUCACCCUCUGGGACAGCAACACCAAAUAAGGAAACUGCUGGACUGAAGGUGGGUGUCUCCAGUCGAAUAAACGAGUGGUUAACCAAGACCCCAGAGAGCAGCAAAUCAUCUGCUCCAAAACCUUCUGAUUUGAAACCAGGAGACGUAUCCGGCAAACGUAACCUCUGGGAGAAGCAGUCAGUUGAUAAGCCAGCUUCUUCUUCUAAGGUAUCAGCUAUGGGGAAAAAAUCAGAGGCCAAUGCAGGUUUGAGACAAUUUGAGAAAGAACCAUAGAAGGCCACUAAAGAUGCUGGACCAAUCAGUUUGGGGGAAAGAAAAAAGGAAAAAGUGCUAAAUUGUUCUUUUUAUAUUUAUGUUUAUUUACUAAAAUGUCUUUUUGCAUUAUACCACUUUAAACCAUGUAUAUUAGCACUGUAUUUAACAAUCAGUCUAGAGUUUCAUCAUAAUAGUACUGCCUUUGCACAAGAGCCUUUAUUCCUACAGAAACUCAUGCUGUGAAAUAUGUAGACUCUCCUACUGAUAGUCAUAACUAUGUACCUGAACAGUGAUUUCAACUGCCAUAAGAGGUCAACCCAAAAUGCAUCUGAAGUAAAGUUGCUUAAGAAAGGGUGUGCAGUAAACCUAUAAAAACAAUGGUUACUUUUGUAAUACAGAAGUCUUUCUUUCUGCACUUUAGACUAAGGCAUGGAAGAAAUAUCUUUAGUUGACAAUGUAAUAUUUUCUGUAAGCUGCCCAUGUCAUGACAAAUACUGCAUCAAUAAUGUGUUUUAUUUUUUUGUUUUAUACUUUUUUUUUUUAAGUAUCAAGUUUUCCAUUCUAGUUUAAGUUAAGACCUAAAUUUGGAUGAUUAUAUUAGCUGACAGCGGUACUGAUACUUCUUUUUGUUGUUAGUGACUAGUGAUUGAAUGCAAUUUAGAAUAUAUACACACGUAGCUUUACAAAGUUUAGCCUAAAGGCACUACUAACGGUAGAAUGCUUUUAACAUGUGCUAGAGUGUUAUAAUUAGUAAUAAACACACAUAAUUAGCCAAUAUCACAGCUUAAAAAAAAUAAAGAAAAAAUUACACACUUUUCUAUAGUAAGACUUCAUAAUUGCUAUUAGAGGUAUGGUGAGAUAAGUAUUAAAAAAUUUUAAAUGUCAGUUGCCCAGUAAUGGGUAAUUAAAAAGAAAGUAUAGUUUUUAAAAGAGGAAAAGGUAAGGGUAUAGAGGGUCAAAAAUAGGUCACUUGUAUAAAACGUUGUAGUUUAAUUUAUAUAAAACUACCAUAAUUAAAAAGAAAAAAAAAUCUAAACAGAGUUGGAGUUUGUUUCAAAUCACUAUACUCUAAAUCUUGCCAUCCAUCAGUGCUGCCUACCAAGUCCACCAAAAAAUUAAGUAAACCUCUAUCUUUAAUGCGCUUCUUCUUACCUCUCUCUCUUGAAUAUCUUCUUUACAGAUGUUUUCAUUUGUAUAUAUUUAACACAUGGCUAUAGGACGUCAGCGUGUUUUGAAUUUACACGCCAUACAGUUUAGCAUUUACAUCCUACAGCAUACGGGUGGCAUAAACUGAGCAGCUCAAUUAGCCUGAGUACAUUGUUAACAGCUUUGUAGUGCAUCCCCCCAGGAUCUUCCUUUUCACCACUUCCAUCUCUUACAGGAUCUGACUUCUUCCUAAAGAAGUAUAUUGUUAUAUUUCAAGCCAAAGAUGAGCUGACCUGCUUGGUUGAAAGAACUUGUUUACAUAUAGAAAUGCAUAUAGUUAUUUGUAGGGGGGACACUAUGUCUGACAUUGUCUAGGAGUUCUCAUGUUUUGUUUUGGGGUUUUGUAAAUGCUCCUCUGAAUCUUUCAAAUACAUCUGAUAGCUGCAAUAAAAAUUAUUUGUUCAUACAAUGUAUUCUUAAACUGCAUCCACAAUAAAUGGAAUAUUUCCAUCAGCA